AUGGCGCGUCUAAACCCAAUCUUCUUCCUUUCCCUAUCCGUCGCCAUGCUAGCCUACAUGUUCUCUCCAACCCUCCGCUCAUUUUUCACAACGGUCACGACAACUCUGUCAAGAUCGUCGUCCGUAGACUCAUUCCCGCCUGCGACAGUAAAGAGACCGCGGAUGCCAGUCUACUUCUUCUCCCAUGGCGGCCCCGACGUGAUGUACAACAAAGCGCACCCAGUCUACCCAGUCCUCCAAAACAUCGGCAAGGAAAUCACAUCCCUCUCCCCCACCGCCGUCCUCGUCUUCUCCGCCCACUGGCAAUCCCGUAGCAAAUCCCAGGUGUACAUCAACUCCGCCGUCUCCGCCCCUCUGAUCUACGACUUCUCAGGCUUUCCCCUGCACUACUACUCGGCGUCCUAUCCCAACGUCGGAUCCCCGGAGCUCGCCUCCCGCGUCUGUUCUUUGCUCGCCUCUCACGACAUUGGCUGCGAGACGAAAGAACGAGGUCUGGACCACGGCGUCUGGGCAGGUUUUCACGUCGCCUUCAACCCCAACACGAACCCAUUGAACGUCCCCCUCGUCCAGAUCUCCCUGUUCCAUUCCGAGGACCCGGACGCGCACUACCGCCUAGGCCGCGCCGUCUCCGCGCUUCGCGACCAAGGCGUCGUCAUCAUCGGCGCAGGCAUGUCGGUGCAUAAUCUCUACGAUAUGGGUAGCGGGCCUGAACCUAUGCCCUACUCCGCCAGUUUCGACAAUGCGCUGAAAGAGGCGGCCGAGGCCAAAGUGGAAGAGAGGCAGGAGAAGAUGGCCCAGAUUUGCAAGAGACCCGACGCCAAGCAGGCCCAUCCUUGGAUGGAUCAUCUCAUGCCUGUCCAUGUCGCUGCCGGUGCUGCAGGUGAUGAUCUCGGAAAGCAGCUAUGGACUAUGCAGGAGGGUAGUUUUGCGUGGGCCCAGUACCGUUUUGGACCUUUACCGACAUCAUGA